AUGUCCAACGAGAAAUCAUCUCCAUCAACCUCCCACCACACUCCCGGAUCAUUCGGGCCCAGCAAUCUUACAUCUGAAGCCGAUCCCUCCACCUCCCGCCAACAUCACCUCAAUACACUAUCCGAUUCAAAUCCCCUCAAUCACAAUCACAAUCACAACCACGAUGACGACUCCACACCCCCCGCCUAUUCCGCCGCCCUCUCCUCUCCCGCCCCCCUCCGCUGCAACCCCCAUCUCCGCUCCCCAGACCUCCCAAAUCUGUCCUACAACCUCUAUCUCCCCCCUUCAUUCACCCUCUCCAGCGAUAAAACAACCAUCACAUCAUCCUCCGCUCAUCUCUCUAAUCCCGGGACUCUCCUCCCUCUCAUCACCGCUCUAUGUACUAUCCCCCCCAAACCCAUGUUGAGAAUACUAGGGCAGCGUAUGCAUACCCCGACUCCAGAUUUCGAUAUCAGGGUUAAUUUAAUGGGAUUGCUUGUCGGGGACGGAGAGCGCAAAAUGAAUUAUAUGAAGAUUCUUGGGAGAGGCGAGAUGGGAUGGAGAGGGGGUGUGAGGGAGGCGACGGAGCCUGAUUUGGGGGAGAAGGAGGGGAAGGGGUUGGAAGGGUGGGUGAGAGCUUUUUGUAGGGAUGAAGCGGGGGUUAAGGAAUUCAUACUAACCCGACAAAUCCCCAAUUUCCCAACAACACAUCUCCAGGGUCUGAUACUUGCGCUCAUAGCGCAGACAGGAUAUCCAGGACACACCACUAUCAGUUUUCCAAUCACGCAUUCGAAAGUUGUGGUCAGACCGCCAGAUAGAGUGAACUCGUUUUUUAGUAGCGUGGCGAAGGUUUUCAUGGGGACGAAGAGAUAUGAGGUUGUGAGUAGUGUGUGGCCGUUUGCGGAUGUGGGGAGGGGGGUGGAGGGGAGAAGGUGUGUUGUUAUGGGGGAGGAGGAGUGGUUUGAUGAGUGGAAAAAUGUUAUCGGAAGGGCGGUUGUAAAUGGGAAGAAAGGAUGGGUAACAGUUGAGGAUCGAUUGGAGUGGUUAAUGGAAGGACAGGGGAGUGUUGAGCAAUGGCGAUGGAAUGGGCAAGGGUAUUGA